AUGGCUCCUUCGCUCCUCGUCCGAUCGCGCGUCGUCGCUUCUCGGUCUAUCCGAAGCACGCCACUCGCCGCGACUUUGCGUCUUACCCUAGGCUCCAACGCUCGUCUUUACACGGUCGCUGCCGCUCCAGCAGCUGUGCGCGCACAACGCCGUGGCCUCGCCACGCUGAGCUCUACCGAGAAUGCGCCCGAGCUGGGCGCUCGCCACGUCGCCAAGUCUAUCUUUGCUCCUCUCGAUACCUUUGAGUCUCGCCAUAUCGGCCCUCGCGAUCACGACUCGGCCAAAAUGCUCGAGGCGCUCGGUUACUCGGAGAUGGAGCAGCUCAUAGCUGACACUGUCUCGCCUAGCGUCCGUCUCGCUCAAGACGCUUCCUUCUACGACCAGAUCAAGCCUCUCUCCGAGAGCGAGCUCGCUCAGCGCGCAGAGACAAUCGCAAAGAUGAACCGUCCCUUCAAGAGCCUCAUCGGUAUGGGCUACCAGAACACGCUCGUGCCUCCCGUCAUCCUCCGCAACGUCCUUGAAAACCCCGCCUGGUACACGAGCUACACUCCUUACCAGCCCGAAAUCUCCCAGGGCCGUCUGGAGUCGCUUAUCAACUUCCAGACCAUGGUCAAGUCACUCACCGGUCUCGACCUCGCCAACGCCUCGCUUCUCGACGAAGGCACCGCCGCUGCCGAGGCCAUGAUUCUCGCUUAUGGUCAAACAAAGAGCAAGAGAAAGACCUUCCUCGUCGAUCGUGGGGUUCUACCCCAGACCCUCGCUGUGCUUCGUCAGCGAGCCAAGGGUUUCGGCAUCAAUGUGGUCGCCACCGAUCUCCGUACUCCAGAAGGCCACCGUCUGCCCCCUGCCGAUCAGAUUCCACGCGACGAUAUCAUCGGUGCCCUUGUUCAGUACCCUGACGUCGACGGACGCAUCACCGACUGGGAAGCGCUUGCAAACGAGAUCAAGGGUUUCGGAGGUAUGGUGAUUGCUGCCACCGAUCUGCUUGCGCUUACCAUGAUCAAGCCUCCCGGUGAGUGGGGCGCCGACAUUGCUCUUGGAAACGCUGCUCGCUUCGGAGUGCCUCCUGGUUUCGGUGGUCCUCACGCCGCCUUCUUUGCGGUUCGUGACUCGAUCAAGCGCAAGAUCCCCGGUCGUCUCGUAGGUCUCAGCAAGGACGCUCGCGGUGGGCCCGCCUACCGACUCGCUCUUCAGACGCGAGAGCAGCACAUUCGCCGUGAGAAGGCCACCUCCAACAUCUGCACUGCCCAGGCGCUUCUCGCCAACAUGUCGGCCAUGUACGCCGUCUACCACGGCCCCGAUGGACUGCGUAAGAUCGCUGCUAAGACGCAUGCGCUUACCCGUCUGCUCAAGCACGAGCUCACCGAGCUCGGCGUCCGCGUUGUCAAUCGCGACGGUGCCUUUUUCGACACGCUCACCAUCGACCUCAGCAAGGCCGGUAUCGGUGCGGUACGCAUUCAUGAGGAGGCCAAGAAAGCCGAGAUCAACCUGCGCAGGAUCAGCGACACCCGAAUCGGCAUCACACUCGACGAGACAGUCAGCAUCGAGGAGCUUACCGACGUGCUCAACGUCUUUGCCUAUGCCCUCAAGCCCGCCAAGACUGGCGAGGUGCCCUACAAGCCUGCGGACCUGAUCGAGAUUGCCUCUCGUAUCGGCCUGGACGCUGCCUCCACCGAGACGCUGACCAUCUCGACGCCUGUCAAGGUCCGUCCCAACAACGCAACUGCUGAAUCGUCGGAUCUGCCGCCCGUCCCCGACUUUGCUCGUACCUCGAAAUUCCUCCAGCAGCCCGUCUUCUCGGCGCACCGCAGCGAAACACAGAUGCUCCGCUACAUUCACUCACUUCAGGCCAAGGAUCUAUCGCUCGUACACGCCAUGAUCCCGCUUGGAUCGUGCACGAUGAAGCUCAACUCGACCUCUAGCAUGAUGCUCAUCUCCAAGCCCGAAUUUUCGCAGCUUCACCCGUUUGCUCCCGAAGACCAAGCUCAGGGCUAUGACGUUCUUAUCCGAGAACUUGAGCGUGACCUUUGCCUGAUCACCGGCUUUCCCGCUGUUUCGCUGCAGCCCAACUCGGGUGCACAGGGUGAGUUUGCCGGUCUUUCGGUCAUCCGUGCCUAUCACGAGUCCAAGGGUCAAGGCAAGCGCGACGUUUGCCUGAUUCCCACUUCGGCUCAUGGUACCAACCCCGCAUCGGCGAUCAUGGCUGGUAUGCGAGUCGUGCCUGUCAAGACCAAGCCUGACGGCUCGAUCGAUCUUGAGGACCUUCGAGCGAAAGCCGAACUGCACAAAAACGAGCUGGCGGCCACGAUGAUCACCGAGCCGGCUACCACCGGAUGCUACUUUAAGGAUAUCCAAGAGGCUUUCAAGGUUGUCCACGAUAACGGCGGUCAGGUGUACUUGGAUGGUGCCAACCUGCAGGCGCAAGUGGCGCUCACCAACCCGGCCAUCAUGGGUGCCGAUGUGACCCACUUGAACCUGCACAAGACCUUCUCAAUUCCACACGGUGGUGGAGGACCUGGUGUGGGACCGAUCUGCGUCGCCGAGCACCUGGCACCCUUCUUGCCUGGUCACCCUCUUGCCUCUACGGGUGGCGAGAUGGCGAUCAACCCGAUCUCUGCUGCUCCUUGGGGAUCGGCUUCGAUUCUCACGAUUGCGUGGGCUUACAUCAAGAUGCUCGGAUGGGGAGGACUCAAAAAGUCGACCGAGACGGCGUUGCUCGCCGCCAACUAUGUCGCACACCGACUCAAGGAUCAUUACAAGCUCAAGUACACAGGCGACCGCGGGCGUGUCGCGCACGAGCUGCUGAUCGACGUGGCCGAAUUCGAAGACGUUGGGCUCAAGGUGAUGGACUUUGCCAAGCGUCUGAUUGACUAUGGCUUCCAUCCACCCACGUGUUCGUGGCCUAUCUCGACGGGUUUGCUGAUCGAGAUCACCGAGUCCGAGUCGCUGCAGGAGAUCGAUAGGUUGAUCGAGGCGUUUAUUUCGAUUCGUCAUGAGGUCGAGGAGAUCCGUGCGGGCAAGCAGCCAAAGGACAACAAUUUGCUCAAGAAUGCUCCGCACACCAUGCAGGCGGUCACGGAGGACAAGUGGGAGCGACCGUACAGCAGGGAGCGCGCCGUCUUCCCGGUAAACGAGCUCAGGCAGAACAAGUUCUGGCCUCCCGUAGCCAGGAUCGAUGAUGCGUUUGGCGAUCGCGUCCUUGUAUGCGAGUGUGGAGGUGUAGAAGACUAUGUCAACUGA